AUGUCCACAUCAAAGGAUGGUGGUCACAAACUCAACCUCCUGACCGAAGAAAACUUCGGAUCAUAUCACUACGGCAAUGGCCAGUUCAGCUCGAAAACAAAGAGCAUCAGUCAAAAUGUCCACGAAAGACAGUGGAACAAUCAAGUCAAUUACAAUACAGUCAGCCUACUACAAGGCAUUCAAAUUCGACCUCUUCAUUGA